AUGGCCGAAGUAGUUCAAGCACGCACGUCUUUCGCCCCUUCCUCUCCGUCACGCAAGCGCUCCGCAUCUCCAGAUGCAGGAGAUUCAGCCGCCACCACAGCCCUCACAACGACCAACAAUGACACGACACUUGCCUCGUCAGAACCCCCGACAAAGAAGACCAAAUUGAUUCGACGCAAGCGACGACCCGCGCGCCCUCAAGUCGACCCUUCGACCAUCAAGUCCGAACCACCGCCGCAGACGGGUACAAUUUUCAACAUUUGGUACAACAAGUGGUCUGGAGGCGACCGUGAAGAUGCGUACCUCUCGAAGACGGCGGCCCCUUCGCGAUGCAACAUUCGCAACGACAGUGGCUGGACCGCGGCAGACAAAACGCCCGGCAGCUACUUCUGUCUGUUCUUCGCGCGCGGCUUGUGCCCCAAGGGCCACGAGUGCCAGUACCUCCACCGCCUCCCGACGAUCUACGACGUCUUCAACCCCAACAUAGACUGCUUCGGGCGCGACAAACACAGCGACUACCGUGACGACAUGGGCGGCGUUGGCAGUUUCAUGAGACAGAACCGCACGCUCUACGUCGGUCGCAUCCACGUCACGGACGAUAUCGAGGAGGUCGUGGCACGGCAUUUUCAAGAGUGGGGCGAAAUCGAACGCAUCCGGGUUCUCACGGGUCGCGGCGUAGCUUUUGUGACUUAUGUGAACGAGGCCAACAGUCAGUUUGCGAAAGAGGCCAUGGCGCACCAGGCCCUGGACAAUAACGAGAUUCUCAAUGUGCGGUGGGCGACGGUCGAUCCGAACCCGCUGAGCCAGAAACGUGAAGCCGCGAGAAUCGAAGAGCAGGCUGCAGAGGCCGUGAGGAGGGCGUUGGGCGAGAGAGCAGUCCGCGAGAUCGAAGGAAGAGAAACCAAGGAAGAGCGAGAGCAGAGACGGAUCGAGAGUGGGUUUGGGCUCGAUGGGUAUGAAGCUCCAGAGGAGAUCUGGUAUAACCAGCAGAAGCAACUCGAGGAUACGGGCAAGGGAUUGUUGGAGGCGCCUCCGCAAAAUACCAACCAGGCCCCUGGUUCAGAGACGACGCAAAACACAGCUGGAGGUGAUGGAGAUAGUAGUAGUGGUGGCGGCGGUGGGAUAUUUUCAGGCUCUACACUCGCAGCGCUGCAGCGGAAAAUGGCCACGGUAAGACCAUUACCUGCACAAGCUGCGAAACCAGCUGCGACUGCUGGACCGUUGGUCGGGUAUGGCAGUGAUGAUGACAGCGAUUAA